AUGUACCUUUUCUCUAUUCUCUUUCUACUUCAGUUUCAAAUAGUUCCAUUACUUAAUGGUGCUCGAGUGAAACGAAGUAGUUGUGGAACAUUACAUGGCUGCUGGUCUGUACCUAAUGGUUGUAAUAGUAAUAAUGAAUGCACUGCAAAUUUACGUUGGUCCGUAAGUGGUCGUGGAACAUUUCUUCGUUUACGUCUAGAAGCGCUCCUACGUGAUUUGCCAUCUUAUGCAAUGUACAUAGCAUUGGGUUUUUCAAAUGAUGAACAUAUGGGUGAUGACACAGUGUUAGAAUGUAUUUACAAUGGCAUUGAUGAAGGAAGGGCGUAUUUGUCCUACAAUGAUGGUACUUAUAAUACUCAGUUAUAUGAGGCUACAGCUAUUCUUAUUGUAAAUUCCAGUUUCAUUGUAAAUGAUAAUACUUUCACUUGUUUGCUUGAUGUUGAUUUCAAACAACUUUAUCGAUUAUCUAAUAAUGAUAAAUCAAAAGUGCACAAUUUAUUAGCAAAGCCAUAUUACUUACAAUUUGUUCGUGGAUUAAUUGAACAGCAUAGUAAGCGCUUUUAA